AUGAGUUCCAGUGUGAUGAGAAGCAAAGACGGGGUUCCGCAGUGGAAUGGCGAUGCUUCGCAGUUCCAGGAAUACGAGGACAUGUGUCUUCAAUGGGAGCAGUCCAUAGCACACCACAAGAGGUACCUGUGCGCACCACGUUUGAUAGCUGAACUGGGGGGGACGGCUAGAAAAUUUGUGGUUGGAAAGAAGCCGGAUUGGGUCUCCUACAACGGGGGCGUCGCCUACUUUUUAGGCCACCUUCGAAGGCACCUGGGACGACCACAAAUACCAGAACUCUCAGAGCACCUGAACAGGUACUUCAGACAAAGCAAGAGACAGAAGCAUGAGACCAUGAACACCUACAUAGUGAGAAAAACCGAGACCUAUGCCCGAGCUCGCCAGGCCUUAGCUCGUGUGCAAGAGGCUUUUGACCGACGUCAAGAUCGGCACGAUCAAUGGGGUCGAGGCGGGGGGCACCAGUCAUGGCAUUGGGGAACAUGGUCGUCACGACAUAGCUAUGAAGGCGGAGAGGAGUCUCUAGAAGAACCAAGUCAAGCAGCUAGUGAGCCAACGGAGGGCCAAGACCAGAACACCGAGGGACAGGAAGGAGGACGGGAGUCACGGGAUGGACGAAGUGGAAGUGAGUGGGGAUCGUCCUACACCAGGUCCUAUCAUCCCGAAGAUGAAGAUUGGACCCUUCAAACUCCUGAGCUCCUACCUGACUUCUUGCAAGGAUGGUAUCUCUUAGCUGACUCAGGUUUGACCAGCCAGGAAAAGAACAUGAUCCAGACCGCAGUGGCUGGCGACUUCAGUCUCCUGCGGAUUGCUCAAGAGUUGCGAACCCAGUGGCCCGAGGACGAUUUGGUCCAGCGGGACAACAACCAGAAGCACAGUGGCUUUUGGCACGACGAUAUCUUCAGCGAUGAUGAUGAGCCCAACCGCCUGACAGCACAUGCCUUGGUGAAUGAAGGCAUGAAUGAUGAGGGUUUGGCUUUGGUCACUCAAGCCGCCGAGGAGGCCGAGGAAGCCUUGGCUCUCAUUCAGCAGGGCAAGCGCACCUUGAAAGAAGCGCGAGCCAAACAACACCAGGUGCGGAUGAACCGCCAAUACUAUAAGACCAAGACCUAUGAGACCAAGACGACAGACAAGAAGCAGGGCAUGGCAUGCUUCCGAUGCGGAGGCCCUCACCGAGUUCGAGAUUGCCCAGACCGUCAGGCUCCUAGUGGUGCCUCAGCUCAGGUGACAGAAGAGGCAGCACCUUUUGUCUGCUUCACCCAGGGCACGACUGAGGCCUACCAGGCCAUGUCUUGUGAUGAAGCUCCAGCACCUCUCAUAACCACAGCGGAAGCUGUGACAGCAGGCUAUGGCAUCGUAGAUGGUGGGGCCACACGAACCAUUGGUUCCACAUAUGCACUCGAAGCCAUCGCUUCGGAGAACUUCAAGAAGCGCCAAGAUGGAGGUGUCCUGGAGGUGGAUUGUCAGAACACCCCGAAGUUUGGUUUUGGCAACAGCAGUGUGGACACUUGUGUCAGCACUGCCAAGAUGAAGAUCUAUGCGGACUCCAAGCCAGGUGUCCUUCAAGUACACGCUCUGGAUCGAGGGCAAGGACCAGUGCUGCUCUCAAUUUCCACACUUCGAGCACUGAAGGCAGUGAUUGAUUUCGAGUCUGAUUUGAUUGUUUUUAGAGCUCUCGAUGACAAGAAGGCCAUACAGGCCACACGAUCACAGGCUGGCCACCAGCUGCUGCCUCUGACGGAUGAUCUGUACAGAGUGGAAAGGAAGGUCAACAAUCAAGUUCAGGCUGAAGUAGUCGAGAUUCGCACCGUGAUCCUCUUUGUGAUCCACCGAUCAGCGACCAUGUCGAAAGCGCCCACCAAACUCGAGCUCAUCGAAGCCAUCGAGUCCCUGGGAGAGACACCUCCCUCCAGUUGGACGAUGGUGGAACUCAAAACACGCUUGGCCGAGCUCAAGGAGGAGAAUGGAUUGGACAACAAGACCCUUCGGGUCAAGACCGAGCUGCAGGAAUGGACAAUCAAGCUCAACAAGGCCGCCACCAAGAAGGCCUACCUCCAGGCAUUUUGCCAGGACUCUCUGGGCAUCAAGAUCUCUGGCUCCGAGACCAUCGACCAGUUGAAGCGGGCCGGGCUGGAAAAGAUCUACAUGAUUGCCAAGCCACAUCCCUCCGAUGGCGUGGGGUUUGGAGCCCACGCCAGUCUGACCUACGACGAGCUCCGUCUUGCUCAGCCGGAGUACUGCAAGUGGGUCAUGACCACGGCAGCGGAAGGUGGAUGCAAUUACCGCCUGAGUCGCCUUGCCCGAUGGUUGGAGAUGGAGGUCACUGCUGGCCCAAAGAAGCCAGUGCCAAAGAUUUGCCCACGGAAGGGCAAGUCCCAAUCCAAUCGCAGUCACAGUCCAUCAGCAGCCAGCACAAUGUCAUCACAGGCCAUCGCCAUGAUGACCACUAUGAUGCACACCAUCGAGAGCCUGAAAGAGGAAGUAGAACACCUCAAGGAGGAGAAGCCCCACAAGAAGGCCACCGGUGGUGUGAUCACUCCUCGCGAGGCGAUCAAUCAGAAAACAGAAGCCCAGGUUCAAGCCUUGCAGGACAAACGCCGAGUCGCGUUAAAACAGUACAUAGGCCUUAAGGUCUUGAUGGAAAAACUGGUGAUCUUAGACCCAACAAUGACUGCGGAAGAAGCCUUAGCUGAGUCGGUGAGGGUUUUCAACAACCGAGAGUUGGUGAGAGGAUACUCACCCAUACAACACGCCUUAGGGCGAGCUCCUGAUGAGACAGGUCGUUUCAUCCACAGUCUGUGCAAUCCACUCCCUGAAGUCUUACUGGAAAACCCAAAUGGGGAGUUCAAGCGGAAUGUUGACAGAAUGAAGCAUGCUGAGCAGGCUCUUUCAGAAUGGCAAGCACAGCAAAAGGUGACGAAGGCCCUGAACUCGAGAGGCCAACGUCUCAUGGACUAUAGACCUGGUGAUUUGAUUUACUACUGGAGGAAACAAAUCAAAGGUGAACCAGCCAACAAGAAUGGAAAAUUCUUGGGUCCAGCCCGCAUCUUGGCAACUGAGUCAAAGCGGGAUCCCAAUGGAGCUCUACGGAAAGGUAGCGCUGUUUGGUGCGUGAGAGGUCGCCGAGUCAUCAAGUGCUGCGUGGAGCAAUUGAGGCCUGCGUCAAAACGAGAAGAAUUACUAGAACAUUUAGGAGAAGGUGAACCUGAAGCACCAUGGACUUUUCCAAGAAUCACUCAAGAGCUGGGCGGCAAUGAAUAUGAGGAUGUCUCCAUGGAUGUUCCAGAACAAGAGGAUUGGGAAGCAGCUCAAGAUCCGAUGAUUGUUGAGCCAGGCCCUCGGAGACACAGCACCAAAAGACCACCUACACCAAGACAAUCUACAACCAACAUUCAACCUACACCAUCAAAAUCAUCACGUUCCAGCGGAUCAGCCACUGCACAUGUUACUGAGACACAACAAACUGCUUGGUGGAAUUUCUUGGAAGAGCCGCUUCCGGAGAACACAGAGGGUUCCGACUUUUGGGAGCAACAACAUGCGGCAGUCACCAUUGAGGUGCCCUUGCCGGAGUCACACCGAGGCCUACUGAAGGCCGUUUCUGAUUUUGAGACUUUCUUUGUGGGCGCCCUCAAGCGCCGAGCAGUAGAAGUACACGAGAAACGUUUGACACCAUCUGAACGGCAACAGUUUCAAGAGGCCAAAGAGGCAGAGGUACGAAACUUUGUGGCAGCAAAGGCAUUCGAGGCUCUACCGCCUGAACUGAAACCUGAUCGAUCGCAAGCCACCGGCAUGCGAUGGCUUCUUACUUGGAAGUUGAAAGAGGAUGGAGAGCGUAAAGCAAAAGCAAGAGCGAUACUUCAGGGAUAUCAAGACCCUUCUUACGAACAUAGAGCCACCACUACUCCUGUGAUGACAAGGAUGACACGUCAGCUCCUACUGCAUGAAGCUGCGAGAAAAAGAUGGAGGGUGCGCAAAGGUGAUGUUACAGGUGCCUUUUUACAGGGUCGAGAAUAUCCACAAACUCUUUACUGCACACCAUGUCCUGAGAUCUGCCAAGCCAUGGGCUUGAAACCUGGAGAAAUCACAAAGAUCAAACGUGGAUGCUAUGGCCUAGUAAACGCUCCUUUAGAGUGGUACAAGUCAGUGUGCGAGUAUCUGGAGGAACUAGGACUUCAAAAGUCCUGGUCCGACCCAUGUUGCUGGCUAUGGAAGCCAAAUGGCUCCAUCGCGGGCAUGAUAGCCGGCCAUGUAGAUGAUUUUCUUUUUGCUGGGCCUGCAGACAACCCAGAAUGGCAAGAAAUUGAAAAGAAGAUUCAACACAAGUACAGGCGGACAGAUUGGGAAGAGAAUUCCUUUGUGCAGUGCGGGGUUCUCUUUGAAGCCCAAAAAGAUGGCUCUUUCUUUCUUUCUCAACCAAAGUAUUUAGAUAAGGUCAGUGAAAUCAGUUUAAGUGCGGCCAGGCGAAAGGACGCCAACGCACCCACCAGCGAAAAAGAGAAGAGCUUGCUGAGAGCAGUGUUGGGGGCACUGAGCUGGCACGCUCAGCAGGAGUUGGAUUUGUUCUACACCAUGAAGGGCAUGUGGCGCAUCGUUGAGGACGAUGGCAUGAGGGGGCAUGCAAUUGUCAUGUCCAUUCAAUUGAGUCGAACACACGGAUUUCAUCGUGCCUACGACAGUUUGCAUUUGGGGUCAAGGAAAAAGGAUUUGAGCGAGGUCGCAUCGCCACCUCUUCGUUUUGCCAUCUUCACUUGA